AUGACGUCACCACGCAUCAUCAAGUCACACUUUACGGGUCCUCUUCUGCCUCCGCAACUAUGGCAUAAGAAGCCAAAGAUACUUUACAUCCUGCGCAAUCCUAAAGACCUUGCUGUAUCAAUGUUUCACUUCCAGAAGAUUGUACUUCAAGUUCCUGAGAUUAUAAAUCAAUCGUUUGCAGAAUUUUUGGACCAAAUGAUUUCAGGCGAAAUGGGGUACGGUCCGUGGUGGGAACACUACUUGUUUUUUUGGAAGAAGCGACACGAGAGCAACGUUCUCCUUCUCCGCUUUGAGGACACGAGGCGGGACCUCAGAGGCCAAGUUGAGAAAGUCAGUAAGUUCCUAGGGACGGACUGUUCUGACGAGAAACUUGCUGCAAUUACUGACUACUGCUCCUUUCAGAAUAUGAAGGAAAACCAAACCACCAACCCAGGGUUCCUUUUCGAGAGAAAAGACCGCCAAAACGAAACUUUCAUGAGAAAAGGAAUGAUUGGUGAAUGGAAGCUCCAUUUCACCGUUGCACAGAACGAAGUCUUUACUGCGCAUAUAAAGGAGAAGUUAUAUGGAACUGGACUGACCUUCGAGAACGAUUAGCCAAUCAAAUGCAACAUGCUGAUGGAACGAGCCAAUCAGACAGCUAGGAUGAGUUGUGCAGCCAUCUUGGUAAUCAAUGUAAUAUCCAACCGAGACUAGGAGUGCAAAGUGAUGCAAUUACAUAUUCGGUUGUUGUCGGUUUGUAUGCAUUGAUCUGUCAUUAGAUUUGCUAUGAUGUUAACUACCGGUUCUUUGUGUGAUCGGCCUUUCAAGUCUAUAUUCUAUUUUGUUAAGCCACUUUAUUCCCACGUACAGAGGCAAUGGAUACAUUUGGUAUUUUGUCAAAGACCAGUGUUCUCACUUGCUGUAUCUCAUUAUAUGCAUACAAUAACAAAUCAGAGACAAU